UUAUAGAUUAUCUUGUAACAUAAAAUAAUUAAUAAAUAAUAACAAUUCUCAAUUAUAUUCUAUAAAAUAAGUUAAAUUUAAUAAUAAUUAUUUUAUUAAUUUGUUGAUUGUUCUAAAAUUGAAAACUGGAUUCCAAAAUGGUACCACCAACUCCUUGUCAAAGAGCAAUAUCACCUCCUAUACCAUCACCUAGCAUGCAAUUAAGUAUGGCUCGAGAUAGAGAGAAAUACUUAGAAGAAUAUAAUUUUCCUUUUUGUGAAGCUGCUACUAAAUUUGAAAAAAUGGCAAAAAUUGGUCAAGGAACUUUCGGUGAAGUGUUUAAAGCAAGAGAUAAAAAGAACAUGAAGCGAACUGUUGCUAUGAAAAAAAUUCUUAUGGAAAAUGAAAAAGAAGGGUUUCCAAUUACAGCCUUACGAGAAAUUAGGAUAUUGCAGUUAUUAAAACAUGACAAUGUAGUUAAUUUAUUAGAAAUAUGUCAAACUAAAGCUAGUCAAUUCAAUCGUUACAGAUCAACAUUCUACCUAGUUUUUGAAUUUUGUGAACAUGAUCUUGCUGGUUUGUUAUCUAACACUAAAGUAAAAUUCAGUUUAGGUGAAAUUAAACAAGUAAUCCAACAAAUGCUUAAUGGUCUCUACUAUAUCCAUAGUAAUAAGAUAUUACAUCGUGAUAUGAAAGCUGCAAAUGUCUUAAUCACAAAAACUGGAACUUUGAAGCUAGCUGAUUUUGGUUUAGCUAGGGCAUUUAGUGCACAAAAAAAUGGUCAACCUAAUAGGUACACUAAUCGUGUAGUUACAUUAUGGUAUCGUCCUCCUGAAUUAUUACUUGGUGAUAGAAAUUAUGGCCCACCUGUAGACCUAUGGGGGGCAGGUUGUAUUAUGGCUGAAAUGUGGACUCGGUCACCUAUAAUGCAAGGUAAUUCAGAGCAGCAACAGUUAACAUUGAUAUCUCAACUAUGUGGAUCAAUAACACCAGAAGUGUGGCCAAAAGUUGAAUCUUUAGAUUUGUAUAAUCAAUUAGAAUUGGUUAAAGGUCAAAAAAGAAAAGUAAAAGAAAGACUAAAACCAUAUGUGCGUGAUCCUAUGGGCUGUGACUUAUUAGAUAAAUUACUAGUAUUAGAUCCAGCAAAACGAUUUGAUGCUGAUUCAGCUUUAAAUCAUGACUUUUUUUGGACAGAUCCCAUGCCGUGUGACUUGUCUAAAAUGUUAUCUCAGCAAACUCAAAGCAAUUUUGAGUAUUUAGCACCUCGAAGACUAAAUAAUCAUCAAUCAUCUGCAAUGCGACCUGCUUCAGCGGUUUCUAAUCAAGGUGCAUCAACAUCAACUACAUCAGGUUUCCAUGAACGAGUUUUCUAGCGCAAGUGAACGGCAGCUGUUGCGGCCGCUUGUUAUAUUACUCAAGAAUUUUUUACAUUUAAAAAUAUUCUUAUAAGUAGGAUUUUAUUUUUGUGUACAUAAACCAACUUUCUUAAGUUAUAAUCUAUGAUUUAAUUUUUUGACAAUACCUCUACUAAUAGUUGUUAUUUUAAAUGAAGGCAUUUUGUUUGAUAUUUAAUUAUAAAGGUUUUGAAACAGCUAUGUUGUGUAUGCCUUUGAUUGAUAUUUUUGUAUGAAAGAAAAAUAAUGCACUUGACUGUAAGCAGUGAUCUCAUAGCACUUUGUUUAAUUUUGUUUACAUAGUUAAUAACUAAAUUAUAGUUAUUUUAAAUAAGAGAGAUCAUAUUGCUACAAAUUUGUUAUACAAUGUAUAAAAUUUAAAUUUUAAAUGAAUUGUAAAUCAUUAUUGAAAAAUUAGUUUCUAUUCUUAUAUUAUAACUAUGAAGUAAAAUUGAAAUAUUAAAAUUUUUUAUAACUAAUCGUUGUAAUUAAAAUAAAUUUUAAAAAUGCCAUUUAAACA